GUAUAAAAUAUCCGAGACGCUGCGACAAGUACUAGAGAAAGGUUGAGAAUCUCAAGUGCAAAAGAAAGAGGGGCUUAAUGCAUCCCCGUACUGGAGUGUUUGCCGCAAAAGUGCUGCCUAAUUCCGUAACUUAUCAGCAGAUGACGUCAUAGGAUAUUGCUGUAUCAUUUCCGUUAUCAGCUGCCUUGAAAUGAAUUGCAGUUAAUUGACCUAUAAGUACUGAGUGGUGAGACUGCCUUAGUCCAGUAGUGGCGACUGUCUCGGAGAAUCCGCGCCAGGUCCUGACGUAGGGAAGUAAAAAUGAGUGUGUAUCAGGCAGUGCAACCGGAGUACACGACGUCUGACAGUAGUGAUGCGGACAGAAACGUUACGUUGGACUAUUCGAGGCUGUUACUCGAUUCGGACACACUGAUGUACAACUUGGAAGAGUAUGCAGCGAAGGACAAAAAAGCUACUGAGGACGUAGACACGUUAUUGCUGUACAACAAUCAUUUGGAUACACUGCCGGCAAGCGUUUCGAAGUUCACAAAUCUAAAAAUGCUUGAUAUCAGUUACAAUAAUAUAACCCACCUUCCAGAAGCAUUAACGGAAUGCAGACUCACCUCCCUCAUAGCAAGGAAUAAUAUGUUGGAAAAUGACUCCUUCCCUAAAUCGUUUGGUGCACUUACCAGUUUGAAAGAACUGAAUUUGAGUGGUAAUAGUCUCACGUCAUUCCCACAGCAAAUUUUGGAACUUACAGCACUGAAGUACUUGUACCUUGGUUCUAACAGCAUCACCAACAUCCCAAAAGACGUCUGGAAAUUACAAAGUUUGCAGUACUUGUACAUGGGUGGCAAUAAACUUCAAGAAGUACCUGCAUCUGUUGGUAAACUCAAAAACCUUCAAGCUUUGGUGCUGUGUGAUAACUUGUUGGAAAGUCUGCCAGCAGCUAUAGCAAAUCUUAAGUACCUGAAGUCACUUCUGCUACACAAGAACCGUUUAACAGUUCUUCCACCAGAAAUUGUGGGUCUAAACAGCCUUGCAGAAUUGAGUCUCAGGGACAACCCACUUGUGGUGAGGUUUGCCACGAACAUGUCUCUGGACCCUCCAACACUGUUGGAGCUGGCAGCGCGCACAGUGAAGCUUGCUAACGUCACAUACUCUCCGUAUGACCUCCCAAGAACUCUUGUACAUUACCUGGACAGUGCACACCACUGUGUCAAUCCUCACUGCAAAGGAGUGUAUUUCGACAGCCGAGUGGAACACGUGAAAUUUGUCGACUUCUGUGGCAAAUACAGGAUACCGCUGAUGCAAUAUCUAUGCUCUUCACGUUGUAUCAGCGAAUCGUCCCCUUCGUCAGCAAGCGAGUCUUCGGAAGAAGAAGCAUGUCAUAUGGUGAAGAGAGUACUGCUUGGCUGAUUGUUGACUCGCUGCAAAGUUUUGUCGUUACAGGCUUAUUGCUGCUGAUGUUGGCAAGUCAUUGACAUGAUUUUUGGUGUAAAGAAUAGGGUGUGUGUUGUGCAGUGAAUGUCAAUAUAAGCAACGUUUUUCUUUCUGUUAGUUGACUUCCUGCCCUUUGCAAUGUUCCAUAUGCCAUUCUACGCAGUCCAAAGUGUGUGUCUGAUAAGUAACUUCGGCAUUUUACCGGCUGAAUACUAGACACACAGUGGGAUAUCGGAAGCAUAUCUAAGGGAAAAGAAUGUUAUGAUGUAUCACAAAAUCUCUCAAAGCCUGUCAUCCAUGGUGCGUGCCCCGUGAAACAUUCAGUGUAAUGGAAUUAACAUUUCUCUGAUUGUAACAGUGGGAGGUGAAGCAGUGAUGCACCGAUGGAGGAGUUAGUGUUUCUGUAGUGAACAAAGGAAGAAGAGGAUUGAAGCUUGUAAGAGACUAAGAGGAAGAGGGGGGAGGGAGAGAUGAGAUACUUUUGCAAUUGGGCAACUUAAUGUCUUGAUUGUGCUGGAAUUAUGUUUGUUGCUGCAAGAUGUGCCUUUUAUAAAGGCGCACUUGACAGAUAUGUGAAUGGUUUCUGAUGCCUUGGAUAUUGUCUCCAUUAUAAAUAGAUUUUUUACUUGUCGUUGGAAUUGGAGGAAAUGAAAAAUUUCAUACUCUGCAGCAAAUUGAUUUGAAAAGGAAAUUUUCAAAUUUUUAAACUUGAUGUGUAUCACAUUUGUUAACUAUGCACCUUUUAGAGAAUUUUUCAUAUUGACAUCAUAGUCUCUUUUCAGAAACAAAGUAUUGUAAAGCAGUGUGGAAAAUAGAAUUGUUAGAAUAUUUUGUUUUAAAUAGGAACACAGAAUUCUUGAACUUUGAAAGUAUCGGAGACACAGGAAUCAUUGUAUUAUAUUCUCAUAAUGCAGUUGUCACCUAGUAUUUGAUGGAAUGAUGUACCUUAUUGCUCAACAACACUCAUACUGCCUGAUACAUUUUGCUUUCCCCUGGAUUACGGGACCAUUUUAAUUAUGAAGUAAUUUUUCUUGCUAAAAUAGGGACAGUCUGACUUGCUGCAGAAAUGUAAUUGAUCAUUAUUUGGUAAGAAUUGACUGGAUUUCUUUUAUUACUACUCUGUCAAUAGAGGAAAAAAGUCGCAAUUUAAUGAAAUGUGUGAAAUACAAGCCUUUGUAUAAUGAUCUGAUAACUAAUUCUGAUUGUGGUUGUGUGUACAGUAGCUGGACUUACUGUGUGAAUUUUGUAUGAUAUUUGUAGUUUUAUAAAAUUUCAUAAGAAUUGAGUUAUAAAAUGCAAUAAAGUUUUGUAAAUUAUUUAA